UUUAAAAGAAAUUUUACCAAAUCUCCGGGAUGGGACUAUAAUAUAUGCUGAUUCCACCUCAAAAAUGACAACAGGUUUGGGUGCAAAAUUUUUACAAGUUCAGGGAUCGUUUGAAAACCUGUGUAAUAUGCUUCGAUCUAUUGCACAUGAACACAAUGUAAAUGAAGACGAUGGCGAUGUUAAUUUAACACUACGGAAACUAAUGACAAUUAUUCUACUGCCAGAGGAUAAAAUUGCAAUACAAUUCAAUGCAAUUGCAGAUAAUAUGAAUGAGAAUACGAAGGAAUUAUUGAGUAAUUUCUUUGAAAAUUACAAGGUUAAUUGGAUUGAUAGGUUCAACCCAAUCAACUUCAGUUUGUACCAAAAUUGUCCGGCUAUUAACGACGUAGCUAUGAUCCACUGGCGAGUUUUGGAACAGAAACUUCGCACUACUAGCCCGAACAUUUGUCAAUUUUUAGCCGGUAUAACUUCGAUAAUGUCAUCGUCAUUAAAAGACAGUAGCAAACUGAUUGAAAACAACAAAGCCAGAAUAUAUACGACCCCUCGCAUAAAUAAUUCAAUAAAUACUAACGAUAAAAGUGUAACAACUAACAUAGAUGAACUAUGCUUAAAAUAUCCUGAAGGAGCAGCUCUUGUUCCAUUUUCAAGCAUGCUAUCUACUAUUAAUAAUUGGCGACGUGAAUGUCAUCCUCCCCAACCAAAAUCAUUACAAGAGUAUGCUUCAUUUUUAAACAUGAAAAAAUGGGAAAAUUUAAUGUCUCGUAAUAAAAGUAAACUAACGAUCCAGUAUAUAAAUAGUGCCGAUGGAUCACACGCUAUUGUUUACGCGGACAAGGCAUUCCUGAAGUCAAUUAAUACGAACCAUAUAUUCGUUGAUGCAACUUAUCAAAUUAUUCCCAAAAUACCGAAAGAAAUAUAUCAAUUUCUAACAGUAAUGGCACUUGUUGAAGACAAUGCACUUCCAGUCGCAUGGGUUCUCAUGACAAACAAAACUAUGAUAAGUUAUAAGGAUGUUUUUGAAUACUUUGCUACUAAUUUAGCACCACAUUUUAUUAUACAAACUUUUGUGACUGACUUUGAGUUAGGUUUAAGUGGUGCUUUAAAGUCUACUUAUCCUAAUGCACAGGAAUGUGGUUGUAAUUUCCAUUAUGUAAAGGCAUUAACAACUAAAGCUACUAAAUUAAAGUUGGAUGAAUUUAUUAAUAGCAGAGAAGAUGCAAAGGCAUACAUGAGAAAACUAAUAGGCCUUGCUCUUUUACCUGCGACGGACAUUAUCAACGGUUUCAUUUGGCUGAUAAAUAUUAAUAAAGAACUGAGUCAAGUUUUCAGACAUUUAAACCAUUAUAUUUUAAAAUUUUGGAUCAAUACUGUGAAACCAGAAAAAUUUAGUUGCUAUGGUAAUUUUAUCAAGACUAAUAAUUAUAUUGAAUCUUACCAUAGAACUCUAAAUUUAAAAAUGGGAUCCCACCCUGAUAUUUGGGAGUUUACCGAUCAUUUAGCAACUCUUCAAGAGGUUACAAAAAUAAAAAGUUUAUGUUUAUUUAAUUGCCAGACCAUUCGAAAUAUUCCGAAAGAUAGGAAAAUGACACAAAACGUAAUGUUAGCGCAUAUGUGGAAUUUGUAUGAACAAAAAAAAUUAAAUAUGGAAAAAUUUUUUGAGUGUGCUAAUCACAUAUCAAAUACUUACAGCAAUAAUUUAAUAUGGACUAACAUUGAAAAAAUUGAUGAAUUAAUAAAUUAAAUAGAAAAUGAUCAUAUUUAUCUAGAUUGACUUCUUCCUAAUUUAUAUGAAAUGAUUUUAAUUUAUUACUAUUA